AUGACGAGCGAUACAAGCUCAAUAUCUUCAAAGAGUUCGAUACGACCUAAACGGUAUAAAUGUACGGAACCAGGAUGUGAUAAAGCAUAUAAUAGACCGUCAUUGUUGGAACAACAUCUACGAUCUCAUACUAAUGAAAGACCAUUUAAAUGCACAUGGCAAGAUUGUCAGCUGUCAUUUCUUAGAAAAUCACAUUUAGAUACUCAUUUAAUAUCUCAUAAUGAUAAUGAAAACAAACCAUUUCAUUGCUCAGUUUGUGGAAAGGGAGUUAAUACUGCACAACAUUUGAAACGUCAUGAAAUUACUCAUACAAAAUCAUUUAAAUGUACUUCCGAAAAUUGUACUGAAUCAUUUUAUAAACAUCAAUCGUUAAGACAUCAUAUAUUAUCGACUCAUAAAAAGUCAUUAACUUGUCUAAAAUGUAAUAAAUCAUUUACCAGACCUUCAAAAUUAGAGCAUCAUAAUUUAAAAUUUCAUCAGGAUUCACCUCAAUAUCAAUGUGAUUAUUCUGGAUGUUUUAAAAACUUUAAAACCUGGUCUGCCUUACAAUUUCAUAUUAAACAAGAUCAUCCGAAAGUCAAAUGUCCAAUAUGUAAUAAAGGUUGUGUUGGUAAAAAAGGUUUAAAAUCUCAUAUGUUAGUGCAUCAAAAAUCUGAAGAAAAUGAAGUAGCUAAAUUAUGGCAAUGUAAUUAUUGUGAUGACGGUAAAUUUCUGAAGAAAAACGAAUUAAUUAAUCAUUAUAAUCUAUAUCAUGAUCGAAAUGUACCUGAAGAAUUAUUAAAACCUAGUGAAGUUGAAAAAUUAGAUAAUUUACUUAAUGGAGGUUAUCCUGAGUUGACUGCAGAUGAAUUGGCAAAGAAAAAACAAGGAUCCGAUGAUGAAGAAGAUGAAAUAAGAUCAGAUGUUAGAUCAGAUUAUCAUACUGCACAAAAAUCAUUAAAUUCAUUAAAUACAUCAAUGUUGGAUGAUAAAUUUGAUAUAAUCAAGGUUAUUCAGUCAAGUACUGAAAUCAAAAUACCAUGUCCAAAAUCAAAUUGUAAUCGACAAUUUUCAAGAAAUCAUGAUUUACAACGUCAUUUAAAGUGGCAUGAUGAAAAUUUACAAAAAAUUGAACUGUUUUUAAAUGAUUUACAAGAAGAACCACCAUUAAAGAAGCAAAAAGUUUAA